AUGAUGAGGAUCUCGCCCUUCCUCAAAUAUCAACUAGCAACGGCCACCAAGGAACUCGCGGAAUUACUGCACAAGUGCCAAGAGAACGAAAACAUUCCAGAAGAUCAAGGGCGCCAAGAACUAUGGACUUCACAUCUGGAUAUGCUUACAAAAUGCACAGAGGAAGUCAAAGAGGGCAUCGAAUUGCUGCAAAUGGACUACGAGAUAUUGAUGGAAAGGAUCGAGGAAGGUGGAUGUGAAGAUGCGAAGAAGCUAAUGACGAAGGAAUGGGAAGCACUUGAAAAACAGAUAAGAUUUUUCAAGACCAUUACUAAUGCUCGUAUGUUUGUUCAUCUUCUGCAAGACCACAUAACAGAAAGUGAGAUGGAGCUGAACAGAUUGAAUUGUACAAGAAGGCUCGCCACACAAAGUAGAAGGAACGCUCAUAUAGCGCUUGUUGACCAAAAAGAUAAUGAUGGUAACAAUACCGGAUUGCCGUUGGAAAGUACACAAGGCUCAGAUUCACCAUCAGAGGUGAGCCACUUCAGUGGUAUUCCAGAAAAGGAGUAUCUCAAUGAUGCGACGCAAGAGGUCAAUAGUGAAUGCAACAAUGGAAAUGAUACCAAAAACUACAAGUCAGAGGUUGAAGGCAAAGAUGGCAAUCUACGAGCUACUGCAGACUGGAGGAUGACCUCAGCACAAGUCAUUACCCCUAGAAUGCUACAGGCAAACGCAUACACUGCUGUCACUAAAAGGCAAAAAGUUACAACAUCGAGCAAGAUUAGCCACGAUAAGAACUGUACCCUUCACAGCCGUCUUUCUCUCCAUUUCAUGGCAGCCGUUCAACUCGCCGGAGCCUUAUCUUCAAUGGCGUCGCGGUGCAGCAACGACCUCUACGAGAUCCAGACAAACGCCACCGCUUUAUAG